CUUCGUUUUAUUAUUCACAUGUAAAUAUAGGACACAAUCUUUCAACCUUUCACACAAAUUUGUCGCCAUGAAUAUAAAAAUUUUGUGUUUUUAUUUGACUUUUCAAAUUUAUUUUGUAUACGGAAGGAGUGGGAAAGAUUGGUGCCAUCAGAAGUGUGAUCAUCCGGAUCAACAUAUUUUCUGUCUUGUUCCUGAUAAAAUCCCCCAUUGUUCUGGAUUUAAUGACUCCCUGUUCAAUACAUACUUCAGAAUACAGAUGCUACAUAUUCACAAUGAUUUCCGGAAUAAAUGGGCUGGCGGAGAAUGGCCGAGGCAAACUGAAAAGGGCUUCUCGACAGUUGCAGAUAUGCGAUUAUUAACUUAUGACACGCAACUGGAAGAAACAGCAAACGCGCAUGUGUUAGGAUGUUUCGACUAUCAUGAAUCGUGCAGGGUUUUAGAUCGAUUUUUCUACGGGCAGAAUUUCAUGUUGAAUCGGAACACUAACAAAGAUGCGAUCUCAGACGAUCUGGCUUCGCUUCAGAAAGAGUUAUUUGAUGAAUUUUUAGACUUUCCGCCAUCUUACGUUAAUCCUUUUCGAAUGAUUUCUGAAACAGCCCAUUUCACACAAGCUGCAUGGUCGACGACAAGGCUGCUCGGGUGUGCUAUAGGAAGAUACUGGAGUCCAGCUCCAUAUCGGGAGGACUUUUACGAACAGAUGUUAAUUUGUAAUUACGGCCCAUCAGGCAAUGCACAGGGUAAAGCGAUGAAUAAAUUAGGUCCACCUUGUUCGCAGUGCCCAGAAGGAACAGUAUGUGGCUAUCAUCAAGAUUAUCCAAACCUCUGUGGAGGGGAGUUGAGUGAAGAAGAUCUUCCUUAUGCUUGGGCCAAGUCAUCUCCAAAAGUACUAACAGGUACUUACUCUUCUCUGUUUACUAUUACCUUAAUUUUGUCCAACUUCGUGGUCCAUCUUCCAUAGAAAAUACAAUUCUGGAUUAAAAAAUACAAUUGCACAUGAAUAAAACUUGUAUUUUUGAUUAUUA